AUGUCUCACCAGGAGGCAAAGCCUUCAAGUGUGAUCGUAGAGGACCAGAAGGAAGGGAAAGUUAUUGAAGUCAAAGUCAUUGCACAGGAUGGAAACGAGAUACACUUCAAGGUGAAAACGACCACGCACCUCAGGAAACUCAAGGAAUCCUACUGUCGAAGACAGGGCGUCCCAUCGAACUCGCUGAAGUUUCUCUUCGAAGGCCAGAGGAUCGCUGAUAACCACACUCCUGAAGAGCUGGGGUUGGAGGAGGAAGACAUGAUUGAAGUCUACCAGGAACAAACGGGAGGUCAUUCGACGGUUUAG